GCAUUUAUGAGGUGCAAAGAGAGAGAUGACGUCUACAAGCUAGCUCUUGUUUACUUUGCUGAGUUAGUGGUUUUGGGAAGGGACAAGCAUUUGAACAUCAAUGUAAAUUACCUGACCCUUGUAGAGGACUUGGAUGCGUUCAACAGGUAUCCGUGGGGUUCGGUGUCGUUUGACAAAACCCAAGACAGUCUAUUUUCUGCACCAACAAAGUAUAUGAAAAGCUUUGAAAAUGAAGAGGGAAGAGAGAAGGGGAAAAGUAAGGUAACGGGAACAAGCCGGAAAAAUGAGAAGGGCAAGAAGCAUAAGCAUGGUGAAGUGCAAAGGGGUGGGUGGAGUUUUAAAGGUUUCACGUAUGCUUUCCAGAUUUGGGUAUAUGAAUUAAUUCCUAGAAUGGUGGACCUGAAUUACUGCAAGGUUGUUGAUCCAACAGCUGUCCCGCGUAUUUUGCGAUGGAGAACGACUACGUCUAUGCCCGAGAUGAGGAAGUUGAACAAUUAUUUUUUCCAGAGCAAAGAGUCAGUUCAGUUGCGGGCGCUACGUCCGAGUGAAGAGCAAAUGAGACAAUCAUAUUGGAGUUGGCCACAGGAUCGCCCUGCUGUUGUCUCGGCAGAGUCAAAUCCUUCUUCAUGUGCUGAUCUUGAUGAGUUGAACAAGCUGGUAAGCUUGUUGAGGUCCGAGUUGUUUCAAGUAAAGCGGGAAAAUGACGUCCUUGAGUUAAAGGUCAUACGGAUGGAAAAAACUUUUGGACCACUGUUUAGGUCCUCAGUUUGA